AGCUGUGGGACUCCAGCCAGCAGCAUCGGCCUGCUACGAUCAUCCAUGAGAACCAGCAGGAUUUUCGUAUAGCAGCAGACGCAUUCGUACAGCGUGUCUGCAUAGUGUGCCGUGGCCGGACGUAUAGCUGUCAUUGGCGCGAUGUAGAUGCGGUUUUGUUUAUGUUUGUUGUCAAACGAUUUUCGCCGGUCGAAGAAGGAACUUUGAGUUUUUUGAUUGUUGAGUCGAUUGUUAUUGAUUAUUUUGUUGUAAAAAGACUUUAAUGUAUUAAGAUAUUGAGAAAAAUGGGACUGGUGUAGAAGUUUUAAGUUUAAAAGAGUUUUGUGUCGUAUUUUUUGGAGUGAUUGGUGUGUAAUUGAAAAAAAAUUAAGAUGGCUUUCGGACGAAGAGACGUCUCUAGGAACAGGAACUCCUGGGGACCGAUAUCCACGGUGGCCUUGAGUUUUCCAAGGCCAGAUCCGGACGAGGAAUUUGCGGAAGAGUACACGGAAAGGAUGAUGUCCGCUCAGAUGAGACAACUGGACCCACUCAAAGAAGAUUUGGCUGAUUGGUUGAAUAAGAUGCUCGGAAUCGAUUACAUAAACAGAGAUAACUUCCUAUCUGAAUUGGAUAAUGGCGUCGUUAUAUGCCACUUAGCCCAAAUAAUCUGCGAAGCUGCCAAGAGGGCUUCGAAGGCUGGUUUAGUCAAAGGGAAUAUACCAAGCGUGAGAGGUAAAUGUUUCGAAAAAGCCAUGAGGAGGAGCUUUUUCUCCAGAGACAACGUGGCAAACUUCCUCAAGUUUUGCAAAUCGAUAGGAGUUCAUGAGAAUCUACUGUUUGAAAGCGACGAUUUAGUUCUACACAACCAUCCACGCAGCGUCAUCUUAUGCCUCCUGGAAGUAGCCAGGAUAGCGACGAAAUUCGGCGUGGAACCUCCCGGAUUGGUCCAGCUGGAAAAAGAGAUUGCAGAGGAGGAAAGGAACAACUCCGGGGACUCCGGACUUAGUUCGCUUUUAUCCUGGCAAUUCCAGGCCAGUCCGCCCCGCAUGGAUGGGGAGAUGAAAAUGAGCCACAGCAGAUCCACUUCUGCCAUAUCCCACUACGCCGAACGCUGGAACACCGGACCCAGAGUGAUCUUGAUCCAGGAUCCGAGAGAUAGUAGAGGAGCCGGCGAUUCCGGAGCGCUCAGUUCACUUCCGGCGAUCAAAAACACAGGGGGAGCCAGUGAUGGAGUGCCCAGCGAUCACACAGAGGACGAGGAAUGGUCGGGUGGCAGUCCGGAGGAUCCAGAUCUGGACGUGGUGGAUAACGGAAGAAGAAGCGUGGAUAGUAAAGGUGGAGGAGACACACCGACCCAAAACUUGACCACAGAACUGGACAGGAAGGUGCAGCUGGCAGCUAGGCUGAUGCAACGGAAUUGCAACUGUGCUAGCGGCAAGUGCGACAAACUAAAAGUGAGGAAAGUUGGCGAAGGAAAGUACAACAUCGCCGGAAAAAAUGUUUUCAUCCGUCUUCUGAAGGGCAGGCACAUGAUGGUCAGAGUGGGCGGCGGCUGGGACACCCUCGAUCACUUCCUGCUACGUCACGACCCCUGCCAGGAACACGAGAAAGAGAUCAAAAGGAGACCAACACCUCACCACCCAAAAUACCAGAGGGUGCAAAACCUGUCAAAAAAAUUCACUUAUUACAAGAGAUUCGCCAAACUUGUCAGACCAGGCGAGACAGCAGUUUGAAAAAAGCAGAAAAUUAAAAAAACGACGAUUUUCUGAAAUAUAUUUAAUUUAAUAAUAAUUAAAUUAUAGCAUGUUUGCUAUAAUAUAUGCUCUACUACACAGUCGAUUGAAUAGGAUAUACACAAAAAUAAAUCUUCACUUUUUAAUAUAGUUGAGAAAAUAACUCAGAAAGUUUAUGUAUAUGGUUUAGAUAUUAUCUAAUAAUAAUUUAGAUAUAAUAAUAUAGUAAAUAAUGUUUAUAAAGGUUCAAAUCUUCAAAGAGUUUCUUUGAGAAUAAAGAUAAUUAAUAAAAUGUAAAAUAUUUAUAUAUUUGUUUAUUUUAUAACCUCAAAAUACCCACACUGAAGAUUAAGUAUAAAAUAUAACAGGGCAGUGAAGUUCAAAUUAAAUAGUUAAAAAAAGUCGUCACUUCUUGUAUAUUUUAGUCAAUAGCUGUAUAGAUGAAUACAAUAUAAUCGAAAAAAUGUAUAUGUAAAAUUAUAUGGCGAAUGUCAUUGAUGCUCAUUUCCAAGCCAACUGGACGCCCUUUUUUCGACCAUGCGGUGUUAAUUUUACAUAAAACUUUAAAUUCUAAAAGUUUGAGACUAUUUUCUGAACUUCGAUAUUCCAAUUUUAAUAUUAUUUUUAUAAUUUUAAAUUAAAACAAAAAAAAAACGUCAGAACUGUCAAAUUUUGAUGUAAGUUUUUUUCACCUGAUUCUUCACUAGAAGAGAGCAUUUUCUUCUGAUUAUUAUAACUUAAUAUACAAGGUGCUUCAAAAGUAAGGUAAAAUAUUUCAGGAAAUCAUUCUUUAGAUGAUUUGAAAUAUUUUAUUUAGCUGUGUUGUUAUAUGGUGUUGUAUUGGACAGAAAAAAUAUACAGUGAUGCAUUAAAAAAAAUACAAUUUAGUUUGAAAAAUGUUUGGCUCACACUGUAUAUUAACUAAAAUGUUUUUUAAAAAGACGUUAGCUACCAUUGCCAGUAUAUUUUGAAAAAAAAAUAUAUUAGCAAUAGUCUAAAAACUACAGUAUUAGUAAUACCUCUUUCUGUAGUAUGAAAUUUUUUAAAUUUCUAACAUUUUAAACAUUUUAGAUUAAAAUAUCAAAAAUUCCUAUAUAUUUUAUACUUAAUUUAUUUUCGUACCUUUCUAUAAAUAUAUGAGAGAAAAAUAUAUAGCAAGUAUAAUAUUACGAAAUAUUAGCUUAAAAUCCACAAACAUAAAACAUCAAAAAAUAUUUCUGGUUAAAAAAGUGCUUUUAGAAAAGAAAAUGUGCUAUGUUACCUCAGAUUAAAUGUGGUUUUUAUUAAUCAAUCAAAUGCGUCAUGACUUAAAAACAAAUAAACCCAUUUUUUAAAACCAUACACUGUUACAGUACUUUUUAAAAAUUUGCAUAUCCCAACCCUUGAAGCUUUGUACAG